AUGUCGGAACACCCCGCAUUCACUAUGGCCGGCCUCUGCUCCAUCGGCGGCCUGAUCGGGUUCGCCAAGACCCGAUCCAUCCCUUCCCUCGUCGCUGGCGUAGGUGUGGGCGCGCUCUACGCUCUCGCUGCUACUCGCAUCAAGAACGGAGGCGACUACGGUUACGAAAUCGCAACAGGAGCUAGUGCCCUGCUGAUGGGUAGCUCGGCUCCUAGAUUCCGCAAGGGACCGGUGCCGAUGGGUUUGACGCUCACCUCGGCUCUUGCGCUUGCGUACUAUGGAAAAAAGGUGUACGACUUCCGACAGUGA